GCCGAGCCGGGGCAGGCCGGGCGGCGGGGAGGCCGUGCUGUGCUGUGGGGAGCGGGUCCGGGGAACCGGGGCGGGCGGAACAGGGGCUGCGGGGGUGUGUGUGUGUAUUGUGGAAGCCCCGCUCGGAGCAGCCGGCGCGGCGGCUCCGGCAGGUGGCACUGGCCGCCUCCCCCGUUCCCCCCCCGGCCCGGGCUCCGCCGCCGCGCUCAGUCCGCCGGCGCCGAUGCUGCUGAGCGGAGCGGCGGCCGGCUCGGAGCGCGGCGGCGGCGGGGCGGGGGCCGGCGGGGCCCCGCAGUGUGUGGGCACCAUGGCCCGCUGGCUUCGGGAGCACCUGGGCUUCCGCAGCGGCAAACCCGCUCCCCCCGCGCCGCCCAAGCCCGACUACCGCGCCGGGCCGCCGCCGCAGCCGCCCCCGCCGCCCGGGGGCGCCGCCGAGCCGCUGGCCGCCGCCCAGCCCGACAUCGUGGCGGCGUACCGGCUGCAGAAGGAGCGCGACUUCGAGGACCCCUACAGCGGGGCGCCGCCGCCCGCCGCCCCCGACGGGCCCCGGUACGUCUCGCCCAAGCACCGGCUCAUCAAGGUGGAAGCGAUGGAGAAGGUGCCCGUCAGUCCUCCGCCGCCGCCGCUGACACCCGCCACCCCCAGCUCGCCCCCGGCUGGCCCCGAGCCGCCCGACGAGCCACCUCAGGAGCUGGCUGUCUUGGAGGACUACGCAGAUCCCUUCGAUGCGGCGCAGGUGGCUGGUAGCCAGGCAGGGCUGGAGAAGGUGAUGGAGAAUGAUGGAUACAUGGAGCCAUAUGAAGCCCAGAAGAUGAUGGCUGAGAUCCGCCAGAAGGGCUUACGGGAGGCUCCUGUGCGGCCGCUGCACCUCUACGACACACCCUAUGAGCCUGUGCUUGGUGGGCUGGACAUGGACAGUGACCGCCCAGCUUGCCCCAGGCAGUCCCGGCUGCCUGAGGAUGAUGAGCGGCCACCAGAGGAGUAUGACCAGCCCUGGGAGUGGAAGAAGGAGCGCAUCUCCAAAGCCUUUGCAGUUGAAAUCAAGGUCAUUAAAGACCUGCCAUGGCCACCACCGGUGGGACAGCUCGACAGCGGUGAAAGCCCCCUGGACGGUGAGUCCAGUGCCUCCGUCCCUCCGCAGCAUGGCCAGCCCAGCUAUGAAGACGCCAACGGUCCAUCGGAGGGGCUGGGGUACAGCCGCACCUCACCCUGCAGGGAGGAGAAGGCCAGGGCUGCCCUCAGGCAUGGCUCCAGCAGCCUCAAGAGCACGAAGACACUCAUCACUGAGCCUGGCCCUUUUGUUGGGGAGAGAAUUGACCCUGCCUUGCCCCUAGAGAGCCAGUGCUGGUACCAUGGGGCCAUCAGCCGGACGGAUGCGGAGACGCUGCUGAGGCUGUGCAAGGAGGCCAGCUACUUGGUGCGCAACAGCGAGACCAGCAAGAACGACUUCUCCCUUUCCUUGAAGAGCAGCCAGGGCUUCAUGCACAUGAAACUGUCCCGGACCCAAGAGAAUAAGUACGUGCUGGGUCAGCACAGCCCGCCCUUCGACAGCGUGCCAGAGAUCAUUCAUCACUAUGCCAGCCGCAAGUUGCCCAUCAAGGGGGCUGAGCACAUGUCCUUGCUUUACCCAGUGGCUAUCCGCACCCUAUAGUCCUCACCCACCAGGAGCCAGGCUUGAGGCUGGAUGCACCCGAAACUGGCCUGUCCACAGGGCCAAGCACUACCGUGCCAAGGACAGGCUCUGGACCAGCAGCCCAUGGGCAGCCCUCUGGGCACAGACGGCACUGUUGGGGAUUGCUGCAGCUGGACCCCUCAUCCCGCUCUCUCAGAGGGGCUCCUGUGCGCUGGUUUGCCUGCUGGGAUGGCCCCAGGGUGCUCCCUCAUGCAAAGAGCUGAGAGGGGCUCACUGGCUGCCCCCUGCCCUUGCCUGCCUCCAGGCAGAGCUUGGGAUGGAAGGACUGGAGCUGGGGCCUUGGAGAGGCCUGGAGGGGGCAAUGUGUGGGAAAAGGGGGAUACAUAAUCCGUUAACAGGCCUGAGGUGCCUCCAUGAGGGUGUCUGGCUCUGCUUACAGGACAGAAAAUGGCUGUGCCCGCAGCAUUACCAGGAGGGACUGGGCACCAUGAAUGAAGAGGGCUGCAAAUUCACUGCAACCUGAGGGAAACACCUCCAGCCCAAUGGAGCCUCCAGCUCUAUGUGGGCCCUCAUGUGUUGGAGGACGUCCAACAAGAUGGAGGAGCAGGAUGCAGAGCCAUAGCAAAGAGCCAGCCCACACCUUGACAUCAGGUCAGGGGAUGGAUGUGAUCUCAAAUGGGGCAGAUGCAAGCAGGUCCUGGGUCCUGUUUGGACCUGGGGAGGUCUCAUUUUUGAGAUUCCCACAGAAAGUAUUGGAAGACCCACUCUGGGUCUGGCUGGUGCAUUGAAUCCUCUGUGAUGUGAGCUGAUCAGGAUGUACACAGAAAAUUUGGAUUGAAUCUCUCUUGUAAGGGUAUUUUAGUGCUACCUUUUGCUGUCACAUGACUGAAAUGAGUGUUGUUUGGAAAUCAGAGGGGGGGCAGCUGUAUGACAGAGCUAGAGUGGUGACUGGGGGAUCCCCAUUCAUGAGGGUACUAACCCCAGGACCAACAAGGGCCUCAGCAACCUGAUAUAGUUUUGAGGUUAACCCUGUUGGGAGAUGAAGGUUGAUCAGAGACCUUUGUCUGUAGCAAUUCCCAAUCCAUGUGUCCCGGCAAUCCUCUGUUCUCUGUCCCUCUUCCCUGCAAGUGAAACAGCUGUCAUUCAUAGCCUGAUCUCUAGUCCCUUGCUAAGCCCUCCAUAAUCGCCAAGCUGUUUUAGCAUGCUGCAGGCCCUGAUAAUGAAUGAAGUAAGUUUGUUUCGUAAUUGGAUUAGCACUGCUGGGAACACUCUUGCAUGGCUGUCAGGGCUGAGCUGGCGUGGCCCCCAAGCCCUGUGCUGCUUCGUGUGGUUGUGGGCCAGCUUGGGGCUGCGCUUACUCCUGCACAGGACUUCACUGGCCAAAAGAUAUAGUCUUGCAGGAGGAAGGCAACCAAGAGGGGUGAAAGGCUGAUUCAGGGCAAAAUUUGAGCUUGCCUUCCUUGGAAGCUGGGGUGUGUUUGCUGGAACUCUUGUCAUAGUCCCUCAUGUCUCCCACCUGCUGGAAAUGAAGCACUUGGGUUAGAUUCAAGCCCAACAUCAGCCUCAUCGCCCACCCCAGCACAAGGCAUCAGGGCUCCUGAACACCUCAUAGGCUGGAGAGCAUCAUGAGUAACUGAUCCUUGUGGGACUGGGUAAAAACCUCAGAUGAGUGUAGGGUGUGGUCCACCAUCCAUGCCCCCUCCUUACCCCUCUGGCCUGGAGAAGUUCCCUUAAGCCCAGGCCUAAUGAUUAGUUUAAAACCCCAGGCCUAGCAGUGAUGCCUAAGUUGCUUGAAUGUCACUGAAAACACAGUGCCCUGUAUUCUGUCUCCCACCACAGCAAUCUGCAGAAGGAUCAAAUUACCCAAUAACUCAGCUGCCAAUGUUUAUAGCGAAGGAGAGAAAUUUGUUCCUGAUCCCUGCAGGCUACCACCAAAGCGUGCAGUGUAGCACAUACAUAGCAUGCACAUGCAUGUGGCACACACAUGGCCCAACUGAAUGCCUCCUUUGAAAUCUGCUCAUAAAGACCAAUGUGUCUGACACAAGGGGCAAGUUUCCGUUCCUAACGCAGAGACCACCCUUGCCCUGUCCCUUUGGUAUGCUUGCCCAGCAUCGUCUCAAAUCAGUUACUUGCUCCUGGUACCCUAUUUGAAAAUUGUCCCAAAGCAUCCAUACCUGGGUCCUGUUGCCUCCACCUCAUUUUCAGUCUACGCUUGUGAGCAGUUCUCUCCUUUUGUUCGCACAAUUUUGGAGGCACGUCUCCAAAACAGCAUGCUCGGGCAGAUCUCCCAGGUGAGAUAUUCCCAGUGUCUUGCUGGUGAUGUGGCUGUGUCCCUCCCAAAACUGAAUCCCAGGCAUGACGACUCCACACUCCCAGCCCUGCACUGCUUGCUAUUAACAUUAGUGGGGUCAUCCCAAUACUAGGGUAGAGGAAGAGUGCUAGAAGCAUCUCUUUGCUCAGAGACACCCUUUUUAAUACAAUCUAUCAUUUACUUGAUUAGCUGGUUCCUCCUCUGCUAUAUCCAUACCCAUACCCCUGACUUCCAGUAUUGGAAACUGGUUCAUACUGGGUGGCAAAUCAAACUCCUUCCUUAAAUCUAACCAGCCUAAAUGCCUGCAUCGCCUUGUCUAAGUUAAUUAUCAAAGAAAAAUCAUUACAUUACACUGAGACAAUGCAUCUGUGAUAAAUUCUGUUUCCAUUUGCCUUCCUCUCUUGAAUCUGGGUUUCCUUAAAAAAAAGCUCAGAAGGGGAUGAAAGUCUAUAUGUGUUUUAAUCCCUCUUUUCCCUUUUCUGGCCAUAGGAGGCACAUUUGCUGCAUUUGUUUGCUGUUUGAGUCACAUCAAGGUUAUCCUAAAUAUGGUCCUUCCUUCACAGUGAGGUGACCUUGCUCCUUUCCUCCCCAGUCUCAUGCAGCACCUCCUGGUUGACCCUCAUCUCAUGCAUUCAAAGUGUGUCCUCAUCUGGUGGUCCUGCCUCAGGAAUUCCCUGUCCUUCACGUCAUGCUCUGCCUGAUGACCUGCACAACUACAAGUCUUUCUCUUAUUUUCCAGGAUAAAUGUAUGCAUGCUGAAUUUUUCUCCAUUAAAUGGCAGCACACAGCAA